GUUCGCUCAGCACCGUGCGAGGCCUUAAGGGCUGCGGGGAAACCACGGACGGCAGCACAGAAGAGCGUGGUGGGGCCGGGCAAAGCCGAGCGAAGGAGCGCAGCGGUGGCAGUGACCCGAGUGCGGGCGGGGGCUCCGGUCCCCCAGAGCGGUGCCUGUCUCCUCAGGAGGGGGAGAGUGAAAAACACGGGCCCUGCUCACGGAGCGUGUGAGGGCAGAGGAGGAGGAGGAGGAGGGAGCCCGGCAGGCCCCUGCCCAUGGCAGCGCUGGCCGGGGCAGUGGUGCUGCCGGGGCAGGCGCAGGGACAGGCCGUGGUGCACAGCGUGUCCCAGGGCAUGGCUCUCACCCUGCGGGAAGGGAUCUGCGUGUUCUAUGACCUAGAGCUGGCACAGGUUCAUGUUCUGCAAGAAGAAGGGCAAGAAAAGAGUUCAGAAAGCAAGGCAACUGAGAAACCAGUAGAUAUGCUCCGGAUGGAGAUUGACAGAGAUAAGGAUGCCAUUGCCUUUGAAAAUAACAGCCAGCAGCAGAGCCCAUCUGAAGAGGGGGAAGGAAAGAAACCUUUUUCCACAGUUGGGGAAAAAAAGAACCAAAGCUGCAAAGCCAGUGAAAAUUUGUCAGAGUUGUGUAAUGAAAGUAAAGAGCAGGAAUAUGCAACUGCAUCAGAACAAUCGGUUGUAAAAGAUUCCAAGAACCUAAAAUUUCAGGCUUGUGCACCACAUCAGAAAAAAGGAGAAAAAGAAGGUUUCAGCUGUUGUUUCUGUUCCUUCACCUCAGCCAGACUGUCAAAUCUGAAGCGUCACUUGAAAACCCAUUCUGAUGAGAAACGUUACUUGUGUCACCUCUGCCCGAAGGCUUUUCGUACAGCAACUCUCCUGCACAACCAUGUGAACACACAUACAGGGACCAAACCCUAUAAAUGCAGUGACUGUGAUACAGCAUUUGUGACCAGGGGUGAGCUUUCACGACACAGGCGGUACAAACACACCUUAGAAAAACCUUUCAAGUGCACAAUAUGUGAAUACUCCAGUGUAGAAGCCAGCAAAAUGAGACGACACAUUCGUUCCCACACAGGAGAGCGUCCCUAUCCCUGUGACCUUUGCAGUUAUGCCAGCAAAGAUGCCUACAAACUGAAAAGGCACAUGUUAACUCAUACAGGAGAAAAACGCUAUGAAUGUUGUGUUUGCCGGGCCAGAUUCACUCAGAGCGGUACCAUGAAAAUCCAUAUGUUACAGAAGCACGGAGAAAAUGUCCCAAAACACCAGUGUCCACACUGCAGUACCCUUAUUUCCCGAAAAAGUGAUUUGGGUGUCCACUUGCGAAAUCUUCACUCCUACGUGGAGGAGGCCAUGAAGUGCAGUGCCUGUGAGGCAGUUUUUCACGAACGCUACGCUUUUCUUCAGCACAAGAAGACUCACAGAGGAGGAAAAGGAUUCAGAUGUGCUCAGUGCAGCUACACGUGUAAUCAGAAAAAUAUGCGUAAGCAUGCUGAAAAUUGUGGAUUGGGGAGGGCAGAAACUGCUGCACCCAGAAAAAGAAGCAAGGAGAAAAAUAAAAUCCAUGAGAACCCCAAGCGUGUUAAGUCAGAAGUGCCCCAGGAAUGCAGGAGCGUGUGGAGGUGCUGCUGGCUCCAUCCUGCCAGGAGAACAGCCCAGGAGGGACCUGCUGUUCCUGCCGGGCUCCCCUCGCCUGGCAGAUGCAGCCUGGCUGCAGGAGGUCACUGUGGGCAGCCAGGCUGCCCUAAUGUGGGGGUUUCUCCUUCUCAGGAGCAGCUGAUUGAGUCGAAACAAUACUCUGCUUUCCCCAUUUGAUGAUGAAGACUGACAGUUUGUAGGAGAUGAGUCAAAGGUCACUGAUGAGAAGAUCCAUCCAGAUAAUUGCUGUAAUUGCACCCUGAGGAUGCAGCUCCCGUCACAAAGCAUCAGGCAGUGACUCUGUUGGUAAAUAUAUACUUGGAAGUGAACUUCAUCCUGUGCUUUAAAUCAGGAAAGUUCUUUCAUGAGAUAUAAAUGAAGAAAGUUCUCUUGAUUUUUUUUUUUCUUAAUCCAGCCAUGUUUUCUCCUGUUGGCAGAUGAAUAGGAAAUAGCCCCAUUCUGAAACAGAGGAGUAAUUGUGAUUUAAACAUAAAAUUGCCAUUUAGUGUUAAAUCCUUUGAUGAAUACACAAGCUGUUGUUACUUCACAACAAAUAUCAAUAAGCAGCAUGAAUGAAUGAAUAUACAUAAUUCAUAAUAUUUAACUUGAAAGUGAAUCUUUUUCUUACAGUGAUUGAUUCAUUUUUUUAUGUUUGUCCAGUGACUUCUUUACAACUUAAUACAAAAAGCUUUUCUGAUGGAGAGUGAACAGUAACAGACACAAGCAGCAGGCCUGCCACAAAAUUAGCUCUUUAUUCCACCCCUUCACAAGGCCCAGAAAUCAGCAAUGCUAAAAUAUUAGGAUGAGAAUUCAUAGUGGGGAAUCAGAAGCAAUGAAAGGAUGUAAAAUUUCUCGGAUUAUCAGUACUUGCUGUUAAAUUAAAACUCGACUAUUCUGAUGUAAAACUCAAAAUUAAGAGCCUUAUAACAGCUAGGUAGCAAUUUCAGAUAUUGGGGCCCUAAUUUCUUAAACUUGUAGAUGAGAGGAAGGUGAAACCAUUUGGAUUUCCUAAAAAACAUAAGGAGUUUGAGGUUAUUUAUCCGUCUCAAAAUGCGAUAAAGUGUAAAUAUAACUUUCAGAAGCAUCAGUGGCUCGGUCUGUGCAGGGUUGGGUGGUGCUGUGGUACCCAGUGGUGUUUCCAGGUGAACAAAACCUUGUGUGCUCCAGCCUGUGAGUGCACUGGCUGUGAAAGCAACUACCCGCUAUUUAAUGGGUGUAGGCAAAGCUGUUUCGUGUGAUGUCCACUGAAAUCAUUGAUCAAUUUUUAAUUUUCAGAACUCAGGCUGUUCUGUGGCUGUUUACAAAACCAGAAAAAUUCCCUCUAAGAUUUUGCGAUAAUGACAUUCACGAUCAAAUCCUUAUUUUUAGAAACUGAUUUUUUUUGUUGUUUUUUAAGUGCUCCGACUUGAGGAAAUAUAUCUUCCCUAAAUACAUGUGUACUCUUGCUUAAUUAAGAAGUAAUUUACGUAAGUCCUUGUGCUGCAUGAUAUAGAGACCAUUAGCAAGGAAGUGAGGAAGUGAUGAAAUUUGUUCCCUUCUAGCCCACGCUCCCUGGGACACUCAUCUAGCCUGGGAAUCAGCACAAACUGGG